UCUUCUCUUUGAGGGUACUUUCCGAUUAACAUAUGAUGCGCAUGAAGUGACAGAAAAUAUAAUAUACGUGAACGUUUUUUAAACUAUUUUACAUUACAUUGAAGAGACGUCAAAGUCGAAUGUCGUCGGAGGUAUCUGACAAACGUGAGAAAGCUUGACUACAAACUCCGACUUUAUAUUUUCUUCUAGGAUUUGACAAGAAAUUAAGCACAAUGGGAGAAAGAAAAGGAACAAAUUUGUACUAUCCACCGGAUUAUGAUCCUCGUGCCGGUGGUCUCAAUAAGUUCCUGGGCACUCAUGCAUUGCGUGAACGAGCCCGUAAGCUCCACAUGGGCAUCUUGAUCAUACGGUUCGAGAUGCCUUAUAAUAUAUGGUGCAAUGGAUGUGGGAAUCACAUUGGCAUGGGUGUUCGUUAUAAUGCAGAGAAAAAGAAGAUUGGAAUGUACUACAGCACUCCGCUUUAUCAAUUUCGCAUGAAAUGUCAUCUUUGUGACAAUCACUUUGAAAUUAAAACUGAUCCUGCUAAUUUGGACUAUGUUAUAGUCAGUGGCGCAAGGCGGCAAGAAAAUCGAUGGGAUCCUAAGCAGAAUGAACAAGUCGUGCCUGAGACAAAGGAAGUGUCGCACAGAUUAUAUGAUGAUGCAAUGUACAAAUUGGAGCAUGGUAUUGAAGAUAAAAAAGUAGCUAAAUCUCGAGACUCGGCACUGGAAGAUGCAAUAGCUUUGAACGAAAGUAUCUGGAAAGAUGACUACAGUUCGAAUUGUGCAGUGAGAGCUUUAUUUCGGGAAAAGAAAAAGGAACUCAAGAAGAAGCAAACUGAAGAUCAUGCUUUAUUAAAAAAGACUGGGCUGAAUAUUGACAUAGUAAAUGAACACGAGGAUGACAUCAAAUUAGCUAAAUUACUCACUCAUAAAAGAGAUACAAAGAAAAAAGGAGGCACGACAUUAAAACGGUUAGUCACGAUUGCACGAUAUAAAAAUAAGAAAAAGAUAUUAUUUUCAAAUAAUCAGUUAAAACCACAAAGUCAGGAAUCGCCAAAAGUACAGGAAGUAACAGGAAAUGAUGCUACUACGUCGAAAAUCAAUAAUUCAAGCACAUCCUUAGUAAAUUAUGAUAGUUCUAGUAGUGACAGUACUUAAUAGUUUGAUACUUUCUUGAUAAAUUCAAAAUGAGCACAA